UAGUCAACUUUUAGUUUUUGUUUGCUAGAAAACUCUCUUGGAAAUUUCCAUGUUCUAAUGUCAUCUGAUCUGUGAUUAGGAUUUUCAGGAUUUUUUUUUUUUUUUUUUGUUAAUUUUGAAUGUCUUCUUCUUCCUCCUUCUCGUCUACCAAUUGGCGUUAUGAUGUCUUCCUGAGCUUCAGAGGGAAAGAUGUCCGAAAAACAUUCCUUAGCCACUUUCUAAAGGAGCUAGAUCGUAAACUGAUCAGUUUUUUCCAAGACAACAAGAUCGAAAAAAGUCAAUCGCUCGAUCCCGUGCUUAAACAAGCCAUUAAGGAUUCGAGGAUUGCGAUUGUUGUCUUCUCAAAAGAGUAUGCUUCCUCUAGAUGGUGCCUAAACGAGCUGCUGGAGAUAGUGAAAUGCAAGAACCUGUCAGGUCAACCUCAACGUGUGAUACCCGUUUUCUAUGAUUUGGAUCCUUCUCAUGUCAGAAACAUGACCGGAGACUUUGGAAAUAUAUUUGAAAGAACAUGCCACAACAAAACAAAGGAUGAGGUAAAAUUAUGGCGGCAAGCGUUGAUGGAUGUAGGAAAUCUCGUCGGAUUCCAUUCAAAAAAUUGGGAUAAUGAAGCAAAAUUGAUCGAAGCUAUUGUCACUGACAUUUUGACGAACCUAAAUUUAACUCCAUCAAACGAUUUUGAGGGCUUUGUUGGGAUCGAAGAUCAUAUCACAAAGAUGAGUUUGAUGUUGGACUUGAAAUCUGAAGAAGUGCGAACGGUUGGGAUAUGGGGUCCCUCAGGAAUUGGAAAGACUACCAUUGCAAGAGCUUUAUUUAGUCGAAUCUCUCAUCACUUCCAAGGUAGGGUUUUCAUAGACAUGCGUUUUAUAUCUAAGAGUAUCAAAGAUUAUAGCAAAGGUAACCCGACUGACUAUAACAUGAAGUUGCACUUGCAAAGAAAAUUCCUCUCUCAAAUAUUAGACCAAGAGGGCAUAAAGGUAGAUCAACUAGGUAUGUUGAGAGGAAAAUUAAAAAACCAUAAAGUUCUUAUCAUUAUUGAUGACUUGGAUGAUGAAGUGGUCUUAGAUGCCUUGGCGGGUGAAGAUGAAUGGUUUGGUUGUGGCAGCAGAAUCAUCGCAAUUACAAAAGAUAAGCAUAUUCUGAGGGCACGUGAGAUUACAUGUGUAUAUGAAGUUGGUUUCCCAUCUGAAAAAGUAGCUCUUCAGAUGUUUUGUCAAUCUGCAUUCAGGCAAAAUUCUCCGCCUAAUGGUUUCAUGAAGCUUGCUUCUGGAAUUGCAAUGUGUGCUGGUGGUCUACCUUUGGGUCUUAAUCUUUUAGGUUCAUCUAUGCGAGGGAGAGACAGAAAAGAUUGGGUAGAUAUGUUACCCAGUCUCCAGAAAAGGCUAGAUGGCAAAAUUGAUAAAGCAUUACGAAUCAGCUAUGAUGGAUUACAAAAACAAGAUCAAGCAAUAUUUCGUCACAUCGCAUGUUUUUUCAACGGUUAUGAAAUCGAGGAUAUCAAGUUGAUGCUUGCAGAUAGUGAGUUGAAUGUUGACAUAGGUCUUAAAAAUUUAAUUGAUAAGUCCCUCAUACAUGUAAUACCAUCACUAGAAAUGAGUAUUAUAGAGAUGCACUGUCUAGUAGAACAAAUGGGAAAAGCAAUUGUCUGCGAACAGUCCAACAACCCUGGAGAACGGGAAUUCAUCAUAGAUUGGAAGAAUGUACGCGACGUGCUUGAGGACAAAUCAGGUUCUAACACAGUUCAAGGUAUAUCAUUAAAUCUAGACGAGGUUGAUAAGUUACGGAUACAUAAGAAAGCCUUCAAAAAAAUGAGAAAUCUCAAAUUUCUUAACAUUUAUACUAAUACAUUUGGCGGGAACAAAGAAACUAGAUGGCACCUACAAGAAGACUUCGACUAUUUGCCCCCUAAGCUCAAAUUUCUAAGUUGGGAAAAAUACCCGUUGAGAUUUAUGCCUCCUAACUUUCGUCCUGAAAACCUUGUCAAGCUCCAAAUGAUGAAUAGCAAUCUCGAGAAGUUAUGGGAAGGAGUUCAUGCACUUACAGGGCUCAAGGAUAUGGAUUUGUGGGGAUCUAAAAGUCUGAAAGAAAUUCCAGAUCUUUCUAUGGUCACUAAUCUCGAGACACUUAACCUUGGGAGUUGCUCGAGUUUAGUGGAACUUCCGUCCUCUAUUAGACACCUCAAUAAACUAGUCGAGUUGGACAUGUCAUAUUGUUCUAAUUUGAAGCUUCUUCCAACGGGAUCGAACCUCAUAUCUCUCCAAUGCCUCCGUUUGUGGGGAUGUUCACAGUUGAAGAGUUUUCCAGAUAUCUCAAACAACAUUUCAGAUCUUGAUCUAGGGGAAUCAGCGAUUGAAGAAUUCCCCUCUAAUCUACGUCUAGAGAAUCUCCAAGCACUUCAAAUGUUUACAAUGAAAAGUGGGAAAUUGUGGGAGACGGUGCAGGUAUGUACUUUACCUUACAUUUUUCCGCUCAUUUUUAAAUAACAUUUGAAGUUACCGUCCAAUUUAUAACGCCACAAAAGGAAAAAAAAAAAUUAUGUAUGGUACAAUUAUAAUCAUUAGGAUACAGACUCCCACAAUGUUGGAGAAAAAUAUUCUA